GUCAGCCCGCUCUGUCUCUGUCCUGCAGGGGAAUGAAGGUGAUUGAGAACAGGGCCCUGAAGGAUGAGGAGAAGAUGGAGCUGCAGGAGAUCCAGCUGAAGGAGGCCAAGCAUAUUGCUGAGGAGGCCGACCGCAAGUAUGAGGAGGUGGCCCGCAAGCUGGUGAUCAUUGAGGGAGACCUGGAGCGCACAGAGGAAAGGGCCGAGCUGGCAGAAUCCAAAGCCCGGAUGCUGGAGGAGCAGCUGCGAGGCUUCGACCAAUCGCUGAAGUCCCUGCAGGCGUCGGAGGACAAGUAUUCCCAGAAGGAGGACAAGUACGAGGAGGAGAUCAAGAUCCUGACGGACAAGCUCAAGGAGGCUGAGACCAGAGCCGAGUUUGCUGAGAGGUCAGUGGCCAAGCUGGAGAAGACCAUCGACGACUUGGAAGACGAGCUGUACGCCCAGAAACUGAAAUACAAGGCCAUUAGCGAGGAGCUGGAUCACGCGCUCAACGACAUGACUUCCAUAUAAAUAUUCUCGCAAACCAAGGGGCCACCGGUCCGUCCCCCUCCUCCCUACCCCGCCCCCGAAAGCUCCCGGCCCUCUGCAGCGCCGCCCUUGUGGUGUCGGAGGGCGCCAAUCGCCUGCCUGCGAGACGCUUGUCCUGUCUCUCUCUCUCUCUCUCUCUGUCUGUCUCUCUCUCUCCCUGUCCUUCCUUUCCCCUCUUCCCCGGCCCCCGGGAUUUUCCUGGUCUUUCCUGCCGGAGCCGCGGGAUCCUGGGAAAAGGUCGGGAUGGCCCCGCUGCCUGGGCGGGGGGUGCCGGAGAUCCGCCCGCGAGGAGUGGGGUCGCGCUGGGGAGCUUGGGGCGCCCGCCGUACCCCUUUCCCGGGCGUUCCCGAAGCCGGCGCCGUCUCCCGCUCGCCCCUUUCGGCCCACAGCCCAUCUUAAGGGUCGGGGGAUUCCUGUCCCGCCGUUCCCGAGAGGAUCCUGUGGAGUCUGUCGGAGGCUUGGGGAUUGGGUUCCAGGCUCCCGCCGCUCUUUGUGUAAAGCCGCUAUGCUGGGCUCCCCGUUUUGUCACUGCCCUGGGACAGGGUGCAGAAUCAGUGUUGCCCCGUCGGGCCCGCCGCCAGGAGAUGAGUGCGUUAGCGGCCCGAUUCUCGCACGCCACCCCCAGCCAUCUCGCGCGGAUGAUCGGAACUGCUCUUCUCGUCCUCCGCGCCCUCCUCCUGCAGCCUCUCCUGUCUCCUGUCUCCUGUUGCCUGUCGCCUGUCUCCUGUCUCUGUACGCCACUGUGGGCUUGAAGGUCACUUUCGAGGAGAGAAAAAAAAAACAACAAUUCUGCUUUCACUGCG